AUGGCGGUUUGGUGGUUUAUGUUACUUUGGGUAUUGCCUCCCUCUUUCGCAACCGCUGGAGUCAUAAAUCUUGCCAGAAGCACAGCUUUGUCGGAUCUAUCUGGGGGGGUUCUGUCGCAGUUACAGAUUUGGAGACCCCGGAUGCUUAUCGAUUGUGUAGCGGAUAUUGCUAACAAUGUUUUGUACAUGGUUGGUCUCGAUGGAGGACUCAUUCCAGAUGACGGCGACGCUUCGAACAAUUAUCUCGUGACGCUCGAUCUCACGUCUUCUUUCUCCACCUCCGAGGGCAAGAACUAUAAAAUGACCAAGAUAGACACCGACGUUCCCAAGAUUAAAGACAUGGCGCUCUGGUCCAACGCGGAAAACUCGACAUUGUACCAGUAUGGAGGCAGGUUUCUGGACAACAUCACUUCCGAAGACACGAUCUGGACCUAUACUGUCAAAGACAAAUUGUGGGGCAAACAGGAUGGCACCAUUCAGCCCUCGCGGCUGGAGUACGGUGUGUAUACGAAUGCGCCUGCUAUCCAAGCCGGUUUUUGGAUAGGUGGUUAUCGGGCUAGUGGUACGACAGUUUCAAUCACAGACUCAACAAGGGAAUACGCCACGGGGCUGAUUCAAUUAAAUACCACAACCGGGCAGUACACAUCUCUCGACGGGCCUUACGAAGCUGUCGAAGAAGGUUCACUUUCAUACGUGCCAGUUGGCGACAGGGGAAUUUUGGUGUAUAUUGGUGGCGAUGUUCCCUCCAUUAAGGAUGGAAUAAACGCUACGAUGAGCUCGAACCCAUGGAGCCAUGUCCAAGUGUAUGACAUUGCUGGGGCAAAAUGGUAUAACCAGUCCACGACGGGAACUGUAGCGUCCCGAACACAAUUCUGUGCCUCUGUGCAGCACGACGAAUCCUCGUCCUCAUAUCAGAUAUAUGUUCUUGGAGGGGCAGACCUGAAAUCCAAAGACACUAUUCUGGAUGUGUAUGUGAUCUUUGGAAUUGGCGGAAGACGUGCCUGGGCAGAUGAUGGCAAGGCAGGUUGUUACGAUGCUCCAGCCUUCAUAUAUGACGCUCAAUCUGAGGCGACACGAUCGUCGUUUGAUCCCGCCCUAUCUUCAUUUUCCCUAUCUUCUUCGACGGCCAGCGAUAUCAAGGCCUCUCCAUCCCCCUCACCAUGGGCUGAUUCAGCCCUUAGAAACCUAUUUGGAAAGAGUGAGGCAACAACCAAUACUACCGCUAAUAACGAAACCUCUUCCACAUCCGAGCCACAGGAAGUCAACACAUCCGAUCCAACGAUCAGGGGUGCCAUCGCUGGAGGGGUUGCCGGUGGCGUGGCUGGCCUAGCCCUGAUUAUAGGCUUGUUGUGGUUCUUCAUUGCAAGGAAUAAGAAGCAAAAGAAUGCGAAAUUGAGUGAGCCUGAGAUUGUAACACACCCAGUGCAGCCGAUGCCUGAGCUUCCAGUGGGCGCCAGAGAUGGGCGCUCUGAGUUGCGCGGGGACAUGUACAUGUGUUUGGAACUUCCUGCGGAUAAUAAGAGGGAAAUAUCCGAACUAGGCAGUGAACGGAACAGGUAG